AUGCAAACCAAAGUAAUCGCCAUGCUUUCCGUCAUUGAUGACAUCUAUGACAUUUAUGGGACCCUAGAUGAACUUACUCUUCUCAUGGAUGCAAUUGAAAGAUGGGACCUUAGUCUCGUUGAUCAGCUACCACCAUACAUGAAAUAUUAUUACAAAGCUCUUUUAGAUGUUUAUGUCGAGAUUGAGGAAGAGUUGGGAAAGACAGGGAAAUCAUACCUUGUUCACUACGUGAUAGAUGAGAAAACAUCAACAGUUGGCUGUUACAUGAAUCAAAAUAAUGGUGCCUCAAAAGAGGAGGCUUUUGCUGAAAUUCAAAAACAAGUUACGAAUGCAUGGAAAGUCAAACCAAGAAUGCCUUCGUCCUGCUGUGCCAAUGGCUUUCCUCAAGCGAGUAUACUCAUUCAGCAGACAAAUUAA